AUGCAUCUAGGCAGGUCAGUGUCGCAGCCGAGAAAUACGGACUCUGGAGACCAGGCUGUUCUGCAAUGUUCAGCUCAUGGUGGAAACUGGUGCUGCGACCACAACCGAAACGCAUCCAAUGUCUGUUGCGAUAGUACCAACUCCAAUGACUUCUUCCCCUUGGCCAAAGGAAUUUCUGUAGCAUCGAUAAGCACUACCGGCCCUGCAGCAGCUUCUGCUAUUAUCAUCAUCGGAAAUCCUGGCAAUGGAGCUCAGUCGUCAAGUGAGACAAGUGAGACUACGUCGACAUCACCAUCAACUUCAACGACACCUACAUCAACCUCGACUUCAACUACCAAGAAUGCAGGGGGUGGUGUUGCAUCUCAGUCCCCCACGAGCCUCGUCAGCGUCAUCUCCAUCGUCUCCGUUGUAACAUCAGCAGCCAACGGCGCCCCAGUUACAACGACAAACAUGAUAAUGACAACAAUCCCAGCAGCUUCUGUUCCUGCUUCAUCAAAUUCAAACCAUCACGGCGCCGAAAUCGGCGGAGGCGUCGCUGGCGGUGUCGCUCUCAUCGCUCUGGUUUCACUAGCAUUCUUCCUCCUCCGCAGACGUAAGAAGAGACAGCAGUACCGGUCAGCCCCAACCACGGAAUACCGCAACUCCAUGGACUACAUGUACAAAGCCAAAGACAUGGGCUCGCCAAACACGGCGGAAACAUCGCCCGAGAUCGAUGGAACGCCGAUCGUGGGUGUUUAUCGCGGUUGGGGACCCACGGGUCAAGAGGGAGCCCUGAGAGUCGUGAACGGGUCGGAUCGUCAGUCUACGGUUUCCGGGCUGACGGGUACUAACGCAAGGGAUUCUUUGAUGAGCGAGUUGGAGAGUCCAACGACGCCUGUGAGGGCUGGGCUUAGGAGUCAUCAGCCGACGAUUGCUGAACAGCCGUUUGAGUUGGCGGGGGAGGGUGAGAAUAGCCCGCGGCGGGAUCAGCAUGACGAACGGCCCGCACACACGGCAGCGGCAGCACGAGCACGUCUCAACGGUCAGCGCCCUGAUCCUGACGCUCGCUCCGGCUCCCGACCGCCGAUCACCACGACGGAACCCGACGGCGCAAGUUUCCAGUCGAGGCGUCCACGGCGCCCGGCGCCAGCACCGACCGUGCGCGACGGCCGAAGGACGUACGGGCUCGCGGCGCCCGAAGAGGGGGUCGAGGAUGGUAGUGGAUGA